UUAGCGUUCUAUUUUAGGCUCCAUGUAUUUUCCAAUUUAAAAAGCCACGGACCCGGAAAGCCCGCGAAAAGCUUCUGACAGGCACCAAGAACGAACACACAGAGCACCUGCAAAUGGAAUCCAUGGAAAUUAAGGUUAGGGUUUCGUUAUCUUCAACCCGGAUUCCAGCGGCGAAUUAUGCAUUCAUGAACCCUAGGGCAAUGCUAUUGCUAGUUCGUUUACUCGUGAUUUGAAGUCAGAAUUACUCUAAGAAACUAGGCUUUUGUUUUUUGAUUCAUCUAGAAUACAUAUAUGUAUAAAGGUGGAGGCCCAUGGUGAUCGAUGGAGAGAUCAGAGACGAAGGUGAAGGUGGAGGUGGCGGAGGCAGCGGAGGAGGAGGAGAGAUCAGAGAUGAAACUGCGGAGGGUGUGAUUGAAUAUGUUGCUCAAUUCGGAGAUUACCGAAGGACGCAGAGGAAAGAAUGCUACAACCUGGUGCGGCGUAUGAAGCUCUUGCUGCCGCUUUUUCAGGAGACGCGGGAGCUCGAUGGGCCAAUUCCGGAGAGGGGUGCUGCUUGGUUGGCAAAUUUGAAGAAGGUGCUUCUCAUGGCAAAGAAAUUGUUGAAAACUUGUAAUGAGGGGAGCAAAAUUUAUCUGGCACUUGAAAGCGAGGCAGUCAUGGUUAGAUUUCAUGCGGUUCAUGAAAGACUCGGUCAGGCUUUAGAAGGUUUGCCUGAUGAACUUUGCCUAUCAGAUGAAGUUGAGGAACAGGUUGAACUGAUGAUCAUGCAACUUAGACGAGCGAGGAAGCGAACAGAUACACAGGACAUAGAGCUCGCAAUGGAUAUUAUGGUGGUUUUGUCCAAAAAAGAAGAUAGAAAUGCUGAUAGUGCCAUUAUAGAGAGGCUCGCCCAAAAGCUAGACCUGCAAAAAUCCGAGGACCUUAAGAUAGAAACAAUAGCUGUGAGGAAUCUGGUUAAGGAUAAAGAGAGAGGAGGGCCAAGUGCAGAGACUACGCAGCAAAUCAUCGAUCUUCUUAACAAAUUCAGACAAAUCGCAGGAAUGGAAGCGACCGAUGUACUUGACGGCCCUGUCAUGCCUAAAAUGCUCGAGAAGUGCCCGUCUUUGAUGAUCCCUCAUGAGUUCCUCUGUCCAAUCACACUAGAAAUAAUGACGGAUCCUGUUAUUGUUGCAAGUGGACAGACGUAUAACAGAGAAAGCAUACAAAAGUGGCUCGACACCAAUCAUAGGACAUGUCCCAAGACCAGGCAGACUCUGGCUCACCUGUCACUUGCACCGAAUUAUGCUCUAAAAAAUCUAAUCAUGCAGUGGUGUGAGAAGAACAAAUUCCAGCUCCCGAAAAAAGAAACUUCCACGGGCCAGGAAAGCUCCUCCACCGAACACAAAGAGGAGAUCUCAUCAUUGGUUGACCAACUGUCCUCAAGUCACUUAGAAGUGCAAAGGAAUGCGGUCAUGAAGAUUCGUUUGAUCUCUAAAGAGAACCCAGAGAACAGAAUUUUGGUUGCCAAAGGUGGAGGAAUCCCGCCACUGGUGCAACUUCUUUCCUACCCAGAUUCUAAAGUUCAACAGCAUGCAGUAACGGCUCUUUUGAACUUAUCGAUUGAUGAAACAAACAAGAAAUUGAUAACCAGAGAAGAAGCCAUUCCAGCUAUUAUAGAAGUUUUGCAGAAUGGAAGCACAGAAGCUAGAGAGAACUCUGCAGCAGCUUUAUUUAGCUUGUCGAUGAUUGAUGAGAACAAAGUAAUUGUGGGAGAAUCAAAUGGCAUUCCGCCAUUAGUAGACUUGUUGCAGGACGGGACUAUUAGAGGUAGAAAAGACGCUGCCACGGCACUGUUUAACUUAUCUCUGAACCAAGCAAACAAGGGGAGGGCCAUUAGUGCUGGCAUUGUACCACCACUACUCCAGCUACUCAAGGACAGAAACUUGGGCAUGGUCGACGAAGCGCUCUCCAUCUUCUUACUUCUUGCAUCACAUCCAGAUGGACGACAAGAGAUUGGACAGCUCUCAUUCAUUGAAAUUCUGGUGGAAUUUAUCCGGGAAGGAACACCCAAGAACAAGGAAUGUGCAACGUCAGUUCUUCUCGAGUUGGGGUCAAGCAAUUCCUCUUUCUUACUUGCCGCACUGCAGUUUGGAGUGUACGAGCAUUUGGUAGAGAUCACAAGGAGUGGAACCAACAGAGCUCAAAGGAAGGCAAAUGCACUUCUGCAACUCAUAAGCAAGAGUGAACAAAUUCCUUGAACGAGUAAUAAUUAAUCUGUGUGUAGAAUAAUAUUAAUAUUUUCUCAAUUUUGUUGCUUUUAUUUGAUUUGAUUUGAUUCUAUCCUUCUAGGGUGAAUGAAAUCACAUGUGUAUGUAUAUAUAACAACGUCCACAAAAAUGCUACGACUCAAUAUACAACUUUCAGUUACUUCCUUUUAUCC